CUUCUAUUAUAAAAAAAAAAAAAUUAUGGAAAACAAUUGCACAGAUUGUUAUAAUCCUACAACUUUUGGUUGGUGUAUGAAAUGUGAAACUAAUUACAUGAAGGGAAAAUUUCUUUAUUGGUCGUCGGAAAAUAAAGAGAUUGAUGAAUUGAUCUGUCACACUCAACUAAAUGCUUCUCAUGCUUAUGAUUACCUGGAAUGGAUUCCAUUCGAGGCAUUUGAUAAGGUAACAAAUAUUGGGAGAGGUGGAUUGAGUAGCGUUUAUUCAGCUCUUUGGAUGGAAGGACCAAGACAGAAAUGGGAUUAUACCACACAAAUAUGGACUCGAACCGGCCCAAUCAAGGUUGCUUUGAAACAUCUUGUUAAUUCACUAAAUAUUUCAGGUUCUUAUGUUGAUCAGAUUAAAGCACAUUAUAAAUGUAUACAAUCAGACCUAUUUGUUAAAAUAUUUGGGAUUACAAAAGAUCCAACGUCAAACUAUAUGAUCGUUAUGAAGUAUUCCGAAAAUGGCAACUUAUAUCAAUACCUCAAUCGUUCCAAAGGAAUUCUUCUUUGGGGAGAUAAAAUAAAAAUGUCACAAAAAAUCACUAAAGGUCUUGAAAAAGUUCAUAUUGAAGGAAAAACUCAUAGAAAUCUUCACGGAGGAAAUUUACUUAUUGAGGAUGAAGAAAACUCUAUAGACGCUCGUAUUGGCGAUGUGGGCCUUUAUGGACCAUGUUAUGAUCAUGAAAAUGAAAAUUCAGGUCAGAUAUAUGGAGUUUUACCAUAUACCGCGCCGGAAGUCUUACGUGGUGAAGAUUAUACUUCUGCUUCUGACAUUUAUUCGUUAGGCAUUAUUAUGAAUACUCUUGCAACUGGAGAGAGACCUUGGUAUAAUAGAGCACACGAUUAUAAUUUGGCAAAAGAUAUAUGUAAUGGUUUAAGACCUGCAAUUCCAGAUGAUACACCGAAAUUUUAUGCAGAUUUAAUGCAACAAUGUUGGAGCAAUGAACCAGAAAAUCGUCCAACCGCAUCUUUUAUAUAUAAAAGACUAAGUUGGUACAAUUUAUUUUGUGAUUAUAAUUAUUAUGAUGAAAAAAACAGAUAUAAAAUGCAUCCUCAUCUGAAAAUACAUCCAGAAGCAUAUUAUACAAGUAGGCUUUUGUAUUUUCCCGAAUUGUAAUAUA